CGCCAUCUUACAGGUAUCAGCCGAUAACAUUUACAAGCCAUACUUGAUCUGUUUAAUGAAUGUGAGUGGAAGGCAAGACAAUGAGUUGACAGAAAACAUAACACGUCUUCUGAACCACGCUCAGCUAGAAGAAGCUCCUUUCACUCAAAAUGGCAUCUAUGAGAAACAUGCAUCUAUUCCAGAGAUCCUACAGUCAAAGACAUCUCGCCUCCGAAGCAUGAUAAAACUUCUUUGUGACUACAAGAGCUUUAAAUCACUGCAGCGUAUCUGUCAGCUCCCUACUGUUAGCUUUGAAGCACUGUGUGAACAAAGUCAAUUUCAUGAGAAGCUCCUUCACAGCUUUGAGUUAAGCAAUCACCUUAUGACAGAUGUAGUUCAUCACAACAGGGUUUUUCGAGAACUUGGAGAUAUACUGAUUGGGGAUCCCACCAAAAUCCAGUCACAAAUGAAUUGGAUUCAAGAAAAUGUACCGCAAAUUGAUUAUUUUCAAGAUAUCCCGCGGUAUAUGGCUAUAAUGAGUUCCAUGAUGAAUACCACUGAGAAUGCAACAGCUUCUCAAAAGCAAGAAAUGCUAAUGGCUAUGUUUAAAAAUGUCGACCAGCUCAAAGAGGAGCUCAGAAAUGAAGCAGGAAUGUCCAUAGCAAGUAUCAAAGCCCUGAUGGAAAUGCCUCUCCCAGAAAACACAACUCAGCUCGUUUCUCGGAUUCUCCAGCUGGAGUCGUGUGACGUCCAUUCCAUCGACCCAAAGCUAGACGCAGUAGUAAAGGAGUUCUGCAACCUGUCACUCCCAGAAAGGACCCGCCAGUCUUACAUUCUGGGGGUCAUAUUCUUACGUCACUUAGACAUUUACAAUUUUCUGUACAAGAUGUUUUUCCCCAAAGAACUGCAGAAAUCAAUGGACAAGAUGUUAGGCCUCCUGAAAGAGAUGGAACAUUUCAGGAACCAGGUGGCAUCUGGCAUGCGUCCGCUGUUAGAAGCCAUUAAUUCAUUCAAAAAGCUACGGCAGUCUAGAAAUGUGCCCCUCUCCAAGGCAUUGUUUAAAACAACCAACAUAACAAUAGCUCAUGGAUCAUUUAAGUCCAUUUCGAAAGCUCUCUGCAAUGAGGAAAUCACACCCUUGUUUUUUGAAUCUUUGCUGCCUAAUUUUGGAGAUCCAAAAAGACCUAGUUCUUCUAUCCAGGAUGAAAAUAUACAGAAAAUAAUGCGGAAAUAUGGCAUUCCCCCGGAUCCCACACCUUUCUGCUUAUCGUUUUAUCUGGAUUUGGUUAGUACCUCUACUGGAGCUUUAAUAUGGUCUUUCCUCAAACCUAUGCUGUUUGGGAAGAUUCUGUAUACACCAGACACCCCAGAAACUCGAGCGAUCAUGGAAAAGUCUAAUGCAACCCUGAAGCAAAUGGCUGAUCUAAUGCAAAAGUCCCAGGAAUGGCUGGACAAGUCACCGUUGAUCAUGAAUUCACUGACUACAUUAAACGAAACAAUUCCAGUUGUCAAGAAUACCCUGCAGAAUCCAUUUGUGCAAGUUUUUAUCAAACUCAUGGUGAAGCUGGAUGCUGUCAAACUGCUGAGCGAAAUAAAUGAACUGGAUGAUAUAAGGUUGGAAUUGCAGAACAACGCUGACAUCAUCAAUCAACUGAACACAUUAUCUACCCUGGCAGUAAAUGUAUCCUCCUGUGUGUCGUUUGAUCGCAUUCAGGUGGCAAAAAACAGAGAGGCGCUGGAAAUGGUAGCUAAAGAGCUUUUUUUGAGGAAUGAACUUUUUGGAAGUGUCAUUUUCAAUCUACCAUCAAGCAGUAACAGACAGAGGAGAGCAACUCCCGACAGUCUCUCCCUUCCUCCACUAGUCAAUUAUACCAUCCGAAUGAGCAGCAGGAUUUCCCAAACGACAAAUAGGAUCAGGGAGAGGAUCUGGACCGUGGGCCCACAUAAUUCAACCUCGCAGAGCCAGAUCUACAGCCGAGCCUUUAUCUAUAUCCAGGACAGUAUCGAGAGAGCAAUCAUUGAGUUGCAGACUGGGAAGAGUCCAGAAGAAAUAGCUGUUCAAGUCCAGGCCACUCCCUACCCCUGCUACAAUAAGGACAUGUUCUUAAGCAGUGUGACCUACUCUCUUCCAUUUGCUCUGAUGGCUGCUUGGUCACUGUUUAUAGCUGCUUUUGUGAAAAAGCUUGUUCAAGAGAAAGAUCUAAGGCUAUAUGAGUACAUGAAGAUGAUGGGUGUCAACUCCAGCAGCCAUUUCAUUGCCUGGUUCAUUGAAAGCGCCACCUUCCUUCUAAUCACAGUCAUGUUUCUCAUCAUUAUACUGAAAGUUGGCAACAUCCUGCCCAAAAUCAAUGUGGUGAUUCUGUUCCUGUACCUUAUGGACUACAGCCUCUCCAUCAUAGCCAUGUGCUACCUCAUCAGUGUCUUCUUCAACAACACCAACAUCGCCGCCUUGGUCGGCAGCCUUAUCUACAGCCUCACCUUUUCUCCCUUCAUUGUGCUGCUGGUAAUUGAGAAUCAUUUGAGCUUUUCAGUGAAGAGUCUGCUGAGCCUGUUGUCCCCAACUGCAUUCAGUUAUGCAAGUCAGUACAUUGCUCGUUAUGAGGAACAGGGCAUAGGCCUGCAAUGGGACAAUAUGUAUAGCUCACCCAUGUCUGGCGACAAUACUUCUUUUGGCUGGAUGUGCUGGCUAAUUCUGAUAGACUCUUUCAUCUAUUUCAUUCUGGGCUGGUACAUUAGGAAUGUUUUCCCAGGAAAAUAUGGCAUGGCUGCCCCAUGGUAUUUCCCAUUGCUUCCCUCCUACUGGGCCGAAAGCUACGGUGACAGACCAUUAUGGAACGAGAAGAGAUGCGGACUCCUCUUCACCAAACUCUUGCUCAGAAAAGAGGCUGCAUUCGCCAGUAAGAUGUAUGUCAAAAGUGCCCUUCCUCCUAACCUCGAGCCUGAACCCCCCAACCUCACCGUGGGAGUCUCUCUUCAUGGAAUAACAAAGACCUAUGGCUCCAAAGCUGCCGUUGAGAACCUCAGCCUGAACUUCUAUGAAGAAAACAUCACCUCCUUGCUGGGGCACAAUGGAGCUGGAAAAACAACGACAAUAUCUAUUUUGACAGGGCUGUUUCCUGCAUCAUCAGGCACGAUAUUUGUUUAUGGCAAGGAUAUCAGGACCGAUCAGGACCUCAUCAGGAAGAACAUGGGUGUCUGUAUGCAGCACAACGUGCUAUUUAGUUGCCUCACUGCCAAGGAACAUUUGCUGCUCUAUGGCUACAUCAAAGUCCCGCACUGGAGUGAGCAGGAGCUGGAUGAGGAAGUGAAAAGGACUCUGAAGGAUACUGGCUUGUACAGCCAUCGUCACAAACUAACUGGCUCCCUGUCGGGAGGGAUGAAAAGAAAGCUGUCUAUAUCGAUAGCUCUCCUUGGUGGAUCAAGGGUCGUGAUCUUGGAUGAACCAACCACUGGUGUGGACCCAUGCUCUCGGAGGAGUAUUUGGGAGAUUAUAUCGAAAAAUAAAAAAGGCCGAACAAUUAUUCUCUCUACCCAUCACUUGGAUGAAGCGGAAGUUUUGAGUGAUCGAAUUGCGUUCCUGGAACAUGGAGGACUCAAAUGCUGUGGGUCUCCAUUCUACCUCAAAGAAACGUUCGGUGAUGGAUACCACCUGACUCUCACUAAGAAGAAGUGUCCAAACCAGAACCUGGCAGAGGAGUACAACACCUCAGCAGUGACCUCCCUGAUCCAGUCACACCUCCCAGAAGCUUAUCUCAAGGAAGAUGUUGGUGGAGAGCUUGUGUAUGUGCUUCCACCAUUCAACUCCAGAGUCUCUGGAGCGUAUCAGUCUCUCCUGAAGGCUCUAGAUACCGGCUUGAGUGAUCUCCAUAUUGGCUGCUAUGGCAUUUCAGACAGCACCGUGGAAGAGGUAUUUCUUAACCUGACUAAAGACCUGGAGAAAGACAAACAGCAUGAUCCUGGAUUGUCCCAAGAGGCCAGUGGACUAAUGGACACCAAGGAGAUGUCUCUGAGCACGGAUAGCGUCACUGAAAGAGAUGACCAAGUCCUGGUUAGAUCAAAAAAGGUGACCGGUUUGCCACUGCUGCUCAAGAGGACAACAGCCGUUUUCAUUAAGAGGUUCCACCACACCCGACGGAACUUGAAAGGCUUUUUUACUCAGGGCAUCCUACCCGUGAUCUUUGUGACAGUAGCCAUGGGCCUCAGCACAUUGAGAACUGAGGUGGCUGAAUACCCAGAACUCCACCUUUCUCCCUCCCUGUAUGGUUUCUCAGGGCAGGCAGAUUUCUUUGGGAACUUUAAUGAGACCACAGAUGCUUUAGUUGCUUCGAUGCUUUCUUUCCCUGGAACAGAUAACACAUGCUUGAAUGAAAGCAACUCGGUGUGUUUGAACGACAGCAUGCUUGGCCAGUGGGUAUUCCAUGGAAACCAGAGUACUAGAUAUUCUGCAUGCAACUGCACAGCCAGCAGCCAGACUUGUCCAAGGAUUGACUUCUCCCCACCUCACAAAAGAACUUUUUCCUCUCGGAUGAUUUAUAAUCUUACUGGGCAUGAUGUGGAAACGUACCUUCUAGCAACUGCCAAAGAUUUCCUCCAGAAAAGAUAUGGCGGCUGGAGCUUUGGGUUGCCUUUGACUACUGACCUCAAGUUUGAUAUACGCCCAGUGCCUGCAAACAGAACGCUAACUAAGGUGUGGUAUAAUCCAGAGGGGUAUCACAGCCUUCCAGCCUACCUCAACAGCCUCAACAACUUCAUUCUUCGAGCGAACAUGCCGAAAAACGAGUCUUCCAAAUACGGUAUUUCCAUUGUGAGUCAUCCCUAUCCCGGUGGACAGAGUAAAGAACAAGUCAUGCUCAGUAGCUUGCUUGAUAUCCUAGUCUCAAUGUCUGUCCUGAUUGGCUACUCCAUCACAACAGCCAGCUUUGUGCUUUAUGUGGUGAAAGAACAUCAAACCAAAGCUAAGCAACUGCAGCAUAUUUCAGGCAUCAGCGUGACAAGCUAUUGGGUGACUAACUUCAUCUACGACCUGGUUCUUUUUAUGGUUCCGGUUGCCCUCUCAAUAGGAGUUAUUUCAGCUUUCCAAAUACCUGCUUUCUUCAAUGAUAAUAACCUCGUGGCUGUAUUUCUUUUGAUGAUGAUGUUCGGAUAUGCAACGUUUUCAUGGAUGUACUUGCUGGCUGGGAUCUUCAAGGAAACAGGAAUGGCCUUCAUAGUUUAUGUCAGCAUCAACUUGUCCUUUAGCAUUAAUACCAUCAUUACUCAUUCGGUUGUGUUUCUACUUUCCCAAGAAAAGGCUACUGAUCAGGGCUUGCAUGAUCUCUCUGAAAUAUUGAGGCACGUUUUCCUGAUCUCUCCUCAAUUCUGCUUUGGAUAUAGCUUGAUUGAAUUGUCUCAGCACCAGGCGCUGAUGGGCUUCUUAAAAGCCUAUGGCGUGGAUUACCCUGACAGAACCUUUGAGAUGGACAGAAUAAGCUCCAAGCUGCUUGGCAUGUUUAUCCAGGGCACUAUAUUCUUUGCAAUUCGGCUCUUAAUGCAUGACGGGAUGAUUCAGAAAGUCUGGUCUAGUAUAUUAGAAUUCCUGUUCGACAAAGUGCAUGGCAGGCCACCGCUUCUGCUGGAGGCAGCUGAUGAAGACAAAGACGUUCAGGCUGAGAGGGAGCGGGUUGAGUCUGGCCGAGCAGACGUCGACGUGGUACAACUCCAGAGCCUCUCCAAGAUCUACCAUCUUCCUCUCAGAAGGAUCAUGGCAGUCAAAAAUGUCAGCAUUGGAAUCCCAGCAGGAGAGUGCUUCGGGCUGCUUGGCGUGAACGGUGCCGGAAAGACAACUAUCUUUAAAAUGCUAACAGGAGACAUCGGGGCUACCAGUGGAAGAUUGAGAGUCCGGGAUCAAACUGGAUCCCUGAGUGACAUUGAUGACACCCACUGGUCGCUCUUCGGCUACUGCCCUCAAGAAGAUGCCUUGGAUGACUUGCUGACAGUGGAAGAGCACAUGUACUACUAUGCUCGGCUACACGGCACCCCAGAGAAACAGAUUAAAGGAAUUGUACAUCAGCUUCUUCAUAGACUUAAUCUGAUGCCGUACAAAGACAGAGUCACCUCGAUGUGCAGCUAUGGCACUAAUAGAAAGUUAUCAACUGCUCUGGCCCUCAUUGGUAAUCCAUCAAUUCUAUUGCUGGAUGAACCAAGCUCUGGAAUGGAUCCUAAUGCUAAACGACACCUUUGGAAAAUCAUCACUGAGGAAGUCCAGAACCAAUGUUCCGUGAUACUCACUUCCCACAGCAUGGAAGAAUGUGAAGCUCUCUGUACCAGGCUGGCUAUUAUGGUGAAUGGACGUUUCCAGUGCCUUGGCUCUUUGCAACAUAUUAAGACCAGGUUUGGAAGAGGAUUCACCGUGAAGAUGCACUUGAUGAGCAGUGAGGUCAGCACGGAGGCUCUGACGGAGUUAAUGCAGUCCCACUUUCCAGAUACGUGCCUGAAGGACCGGCAUCUCAACAUGGUGGAAUAUCACGUGCCCAUCUCCGCAGGAGGAGUAGCAAACAUAUUUCAUCUUCUGGAAACCAACAAAAUAGCCUUCAAAAUCAGGCACUUCUCAGUGAGUCAAACCACUCUAGAGGAGGUUUUCAUCAACUUUGCCAAAGAUCAGACUGGGGCUGACAAUGCAGAUGCGAGUACAGACGUAGGCUCAGACUGCUCGGAUACAAGUAGCCAAGAUACCAACAUAAGCGCCAUCUGUUAAAGGGAUAUUGCGGUGUUAAAAAAAAAAUUGUAUUUUUCUAAACAAUGGGUUUUUUACUUAUUUUGUUAUUAGCAACCUGGUAAACAUGUAAAACUGGCAUGUCAGAUUGGUCUUGCCCCAGUCUUACAGUUCUUGUUCUAGGUUUAUUUUAUAUCUAUAUUGCGAAGUUGGUGACAUCUCCUGAUACUUGCUGUUCAAAUACGCUGGAAGCUCUUCGCCAUUGGCUGUCACCAAGAAGAACAGUGGGGGAUAGAGCAGAGCGGCUGCUCUGGAGUCAGGGACGUAAGUGAGAAGAAGGACGGGACAGUCGUUCGGACGCUAGCUGGGCCCUCAGGAAACCCGCAGUUCAAUGUCCUACUUUGCCACAGACUUCCUGUGCGACCUUGAGCAAGUCACUUGAAAUGUCAGUCAAAUGGGGGGAUCACAACACUUCCCUCCCCCCCAGAGGUGUUGUGAGUCUAGAUACAUUAAAGGUGGUGAUUCUCCAGCAAUGGAGUCCAUCUUAGAUAGCUAUGUAAAGCUUUUCUCUGUAUGUGGAUUAUGUCAGUAUUAAUACAGUUAUUUAAAAUCCAUGCUUCCUGUUGUUUUUGUUUGUUUCUGUAGUUUGC